AUGGAAAAAGAAGGAGAGUGAAUCCCAGGAAUUUCAAGAAACGUUAACAACAAAGACAUUCUUGAUUUAUUAGACGAUAAAACAACCAAUAAAAUAGUCCAAAAUUUUAAAAAAGCUCUCCCACCAGGAGGAUUGCCAGGUAAUCUUUAUCCAGCAUCAAAACCCAUAACAAUCCAAAAUCAGCAAAAUUAUACAGGAAAAAGAUCAUCAAAUCCUCCUCAUCCUCAGGCGAAACCAAAAGCCUCAGAUACUGAUCUCCUCAGCCAAAUGGCUCAAAAACUCUCUAAAGUAGAAAAGCUUUCUGAGCUUCAAAGAAAAGAAAUAAAAGAAAAAAGUACAAUAAUUUCAGGUCUCCAAAAUGAAAUUGAAACACUAAAGAUUACAAGCUCUCCUGAAUAUGUUGAUGCCUAUACAAAACUGCAGCAAGAAAAUGAUAGAUUAAGAAGCCAAAUCAGUGAAAUGGAACAUUUCUUAUCAGACUAUGGACUAAAAUGGGUCGGCGGACAAAAAGAAGGGAAUUUUGAUAUAAAUAGCUUAAAGCAAGAUAUAGGAAGCAAUGAGCCUGUAUACAGAUAUAACUUGCCUAGAGAAAUCGAUGUUAUUGUGCUUGAACGAAGAAUUCAAGAACUUAAUAUGAUCGCUGAAAAAGACGCUGCAAGAUGGGUCGCUGAAGGGGCUGUUCACCGUUUUAAAGCCCCUGAAAGCAUUUCUAUAGCGUUUUAUAAAAACGGAUUAAUACUGCAAGGGUUUCAGUUUAAACCUUACUCUUCUAAUGAAGCCCAAAGUAUUUUGAGCGAUAUUUUAGAUGGGUAUUUUCCUUAUGAUUUAAAAAGAAAAUACCCUGAUGGAAUACCUCUCAGGCUUGUCGAUAAAACUGAUUAGAUUAGAUGAGAUUAGAUUAGAGUUGAGGCGUAGCAGCCUUAUUUUAGAGUUUACCUCCGUCGAGAGCUUGCUUCGCGUUUGUGGGUGCUAACUGCCCCCCAUUUAAUAACGAACAAAACCGUCAUUUUUUUUUCCCCUAAAAUUUUUCCUUAGGCCCUAUUUAAUAACCAACAAAAUUUACUAUAAAAUUUAUAUAAGCUAAUUUAGUCUUUAUAGUUUACUAAUUUUUUUAAGUAGUUAGAAUAAGAUAAGGACAAAUAUAAUCGAGGAAAGAAUAAUAAAUAAGAGCUAAUAAGUUAAUAGUGGCUUAAUCUUAAGCUGAUGCUUUACUCCCCCGCUCCGUGAGCGAACAAAAAAACCUCGUUCGCUUACGAAGGGGGUUAAUUUUUUUUGUAAAAAAUUUUUUUAUAAAUUUUUCGAAAAUUGUUUUUUUCGAAAUUUAAAAAAUCCUAAUUCGCAGAAAUUGGAAAGCAAAUAUUAAUUGAAUUUGUAGAGUUUAUGUUUUAAAACGUAAUUUAUUUAAAAUUAAAGAGAAUUAGCUCCAGAUUUCAUUAUAAUAAUUAUCAUUUAUAUAUCAAAAAUUUUUUCCAUAAAAAAUUUUUUUAUUAAAAAAAACAUUUUAUUUCGCUAACGGAGGUGAGGGAUUUUUCUAAUGGUUUUGAUCGCUCAUGGAGGGGUGGGGAGUUAGCAAUAGUUAUCUUUUCGCUUUCAUUUAGGAGCUUUCUCUUUCUGCUGCCAUCAUUUGAAUCCUUUAUUUAUUAACUCUUUAAUUGAAAUUUUUAUAUAAAAAAAAUCAUAGAUAUUAAUAUAAAUUUUAUAUAUAUAUUUUUCCAAAAAUUUUAUGAGUUAGACCCCAUUUAAUAACGAACAAAAAAAGUGUUCGCUAUUAAAUGGGGGGGAGAGUAAGCGCUAACUCCACCUAGCGCCAUUUUUCAAACCCAGCACCAAAAAUGCUGAUGUAAGGUCUCUGUCAAAGUUCUUACCUGGUAAGACUUUGGUCUUGUCAGCGCGCCCAAGUUCCUCUCAGCUUAGGGGGACAGCAGAUGAUUUUUUGAUGAUUCUCCUCUCCCCGCGCUUCUAACUAAAGUCCUAGUAUAAAUCUUCGCCUGGAUAAGUAAAUCAAGGCAUUGCUUUCUCCAUUUAUGAGUGUUCAAGGCUCAAAAAGGUGUCCCUAUAGUCUGGGCACACAAAAAAGCCUACUCCAGAUGCCUACUGCUACCCUACACAACACUCCAUUUAAUUAAAUACUAAUAAAACUGAAGAAAUGUAUAAAGCAGGCUCCAGCAAUAUUUUUGGGGCAAAUGACCCUGGAAACGGACUGUUAUCAAAAGACCAAUUCUUAGACCAGCUGCCUGAAAACGUCAUAAGAAAUGGCAAUAUUGUUCCUAUAAGAGAAGAUAUAUCAAAAAUGUUUGAUAAAGGAAAAGCUGGGACUAUUGAAGUAAAAACCCAUAUUGAUAAUUAUCUUCAAACUCCUGAGGGCGCUAAUAAUAAAGAAGCAGCCAAAACAAUUACAACGCUGAGGAUUAAAACUGAGACUGGAAUGAGAAAUCUUAUAAUAAAAUUAUGAUUCUCUGAUACACUUCAGACACUGAAAAGGUAUAUUGAUGAAAAUAGAGAAGGAAAAGGAAGAUAUGAAUUAAGGUCAACAUUCCCUGCUAGGGUGUUUGAUUUAUCUGAUGGAAAAACGCUGCAAGAACUUGAAUUGAUUCCGAAUUUUGCAUUGGCAAUGAGGCUAAUAAGUUAA